AUGAAUUCAGAAGCAGUACCGUCGUCUAGUGUGCGUCGACCCGAUGACAAGGGGAAGAGAAAACGGCUUCAGUCGCCCUCCCAAGACCUAAUGUCUAAAAAGUCCAGGGACGUGAAAAUCCCCCAGAGGCAGUCAGCUAGAAUCAAUUCACUCAAGGAAAAGGAUAAUCCGCUCGAUCUCGGUGACACAUUGCCUACGGAAACAUCAUCUCAAUAUCCACAAGUCCCUGUGGAGCCUCGUGGUGCAGCACCGCGCCCUACCGAAGAAAGUGCGACGAAUCAUCGUGAUAGCGCAUUCGAUGACCUUGGUAACUUCAGGAAGUUCCUACGUGACUCUCGUGACGAGGCAGAGCUUGCCGUGUAUCUUGGACUUCAGCACAAACACGACCUCAGACAUUUUGCUUUGUCCUGGCCGGUCAUUAAGACCUGGAUCAGGGCACCACAUAAGGAGACAGCGUCACUGAAAGUUGAGAUAAACCAUCUUAUUCAGGAUGGUAAAGAAUUAUCCUGCAUCGAAGACCCUUACGAAAUUUGGCCGCAACGCCCCCGGGAGUCGGAAGAGAACGUUUCGUUGAGAAUCACACAUAUCAUGGCAUGGCAUCUGGUCCAUAUGUCUAAGGAUAUAGAGGAGUACAUCAUGUCCAGUGAUUUGCAUAAUUUCCACCGCACAAGGAGAUAUCGCGGUGAACUAAGCGCGAUGUUGGAGCUCGAUAUCCCGCUGGAUAACGUUUGCCAUCCUCGUCCUCAGCUUAUAUCUUGGAGGAAUGAGCCGAAUGACAGAUUCGAUCGCUGCUGGAGAAUCCUGGGCUAUGUGUCAUGGAUUCCAUACAUGAUGUCCUGGGAAAAGGCCCUGUCAUUCUUCGUCUCUUCAGAAAACCAGGCUAUCAUAUACGACAGCAAGAUGCCGACAGGGACGAUACCAAGACCCAAUCAUCUUGGGCUCGCUCAGCAAUGCUACUCUUUAUCUCCUGAGGAGAGAACCAAUGCCCUUGCCCCAAUUCAAGUAAAGGUAACCUGGGACAGGAACCAAAACACACAGGGGAACAUGAAUCUGUUCCGCGUCCUCACGGGUAUAGCGCACGACGGGAGAGCGCUCCCACCAACAGAUCAAACGAUGACACAGGAUCCUCGAUUAUGCAGAACGGGUGCAUCUUUCCGGGACGUUAUUCGACAUAUGAUGUCUUGUGGAGGUUAUGGAUUGAACUUGUCUGAUAUGAAGUUGUCGUAUCGAGCGGAGACGGAUAAUUUUUACUAUCAGAUCGAUGCUUUCCGAUCCCAGUGGAAAGUACUACAUGGAGUAUUUACAGACUCGGCUAAUACGAAUUUUGUAAUUCGAGUACUUCUGGAUGUUCAUGACUACCGGAAUGGGGAGGUCUACGAAACGACUGAACUACCACCGGUAUAUUGA